AUGAGGUUUACGGUUAUUUUUUUGCUCCUUCGUAUUGGAUUUGUUUAUGGAUUAUACAAAACAAAAAACAAAACCGUGGGCCCAGAAGUGGUUCUCCCUUCCACUUAUAUAAAAGAGAUCCGACCGUCUUUAGAAGAAGGCAAGCCAGUGGAAGUAGACUUCAAGAUUUUUGUCGUCGAUAUAAACUCGAUCAACGUCGAGGAUAUGGACUUCCGAGUGGACUUGUUCAUCCGGCUAAGCUGGACAGAAACAAGGCUGCGAAUGUCCGAAGAGAUUUUUGAGAUAGGCGAUGACUAUGUGACCUUGCCUCCAGAAUUUUUUGACAAACUUUGGCAGCCUGACCCUUAUUUUCUCAAUUCUAAAAUUGCAGAAAUAGCGACGCUAACUCACAAAUUCUCCUCGGUAACUUUGUACCGUAAUAAGACAGUGACAUAUUCAGCGCGAAUGCACGCAAUUGUUGCUUGCCAGAUGGAGUUCCAAUUGUAUCCAAUGGACAUACAAAUCUGUCCUAUUUACAUCGAAAUUUCAUACAACAGCCAAAAAUUGCAAUUAAAAUGGGCGUCAACUGGCGUGACUGUUAAUCCUGAAUUGAAGUUAUUACAGUAUAAUUUUGGAGAGCCUCAAUUAUUGCAAGAGAUUCAUAGUUACGUCACUGAAAAAUUAGGAAAUUAUUCAAGACUAAUAGUCUUCUUCCGAUUCGAGCGUCAAAUCGGGCACCACUUGAUCCAAACCUUCGCGCCAUCUACUCUAGUGGUAAUGUUGUCAUGGUUCAGCUUCUGGUUGGGAUUAGACGCCAUUCCAGGGCGCGUUACCUUAUUGGUCACCAGUAUGUUGACACUAGUGACGAUGUUCACCGGCUUAAAGAGCGAUAUUCCGCCUGUCGCCUAUGUUAAGGCUCUAGAUUUGUGGAUGGCAGGUUGCAUGGUCUUCGUCUUCGCUUCCUUAAGCGAAUUCGUCGUGGUAAAAGUCAUCGACGCUCGGCAGAAGCAAUUAGAGUUGCAAUUAAACAACUUACGAGCUUACAGGGCGUCAGUAGAGCGCAGUGUCUCCAUCUGGGACUACGAAGCGUCGCUGGACCUCGAGCCAAAGCGCAAGCGCGGCAGCGCGGAUCUAUUGCAGCCAACAUGGCUGGACUUGGAGUUGCUGCGACCUCAGCGCACUCUGUCUAAAAAAAUUGACUACUACAGUCGGCUUAUUUUUCCCUCUUUGUUUUUACUCUUUACAGUUCUAUACUGGCCUAUAGUUAUCUUCAAAAAACGCAAUUAG